UGUUCUUCGGAGAGGAAGACUGGAGCUGCGCAAUCAGGAGAGAGAGAGAGAGAGAGAGAGCACGCAAUCAGAAGUGAGUACUGGGACGCUGGAGUUUAUUUAGUGCGCAAUAGUUUCACCAGCUGUUUCAUAGUAUGUCCUUGCGUCAUCUGACACCUUAGAUUCGGUUCUUUGAGAACUUUAAGAACUUAAAAAACUCGUUAAUUUGAUUAAAGGAAUGCUUGGGAGGAAAGCGGUAGAGCAUUAGAGACAUCGUAACAUCUGGAGGCUUGAGUUUUGCCUUCAGCAUUGCUGGUUGGGAUAGACGUUAAGUUUUGUGGAGAGCUAUCAACAAAGUUGCUGUGGUACUGUGGAAUUCUCAAGGAGUACUGUCACUGAGAGACUGAUCGCAACGUGCGCGUUUCCCCGGUGCGCCUCUUUAGACCAGUGGUUGUAUGCCAGGACAGCUCCCACCACCGGGACGCAAGAAAUACGUGUAUAUUCACACACAUAGGAGCCACGACCGUGUACGUGCAUGUGAAAGAGCUGUGGACACAGGCUAUUGAAGAGGAGGGGUGAAUGCCUUGGCCGGGACUGCACUGGUGUGUGUGCUGCAGGCAGGGGUUCAAUCUGUUGGGCCGAGAACAUGCAGAGAAAGAAGAAGAAGAGUCGUUUGAGUUGCGCAAUAAGGACGAAGUAAACAGCAAUGGACGACGCCCCCUGGAGGUGAUCCUCUCUCAGCCCACCCGCCCCACCAAUGGGACCUGCAGACUGUCAGAUGUCUCGGACGAGAUGAAGAGUCUGAUAGUGAAGAAGACUAGGCCGGUGUUGGAGGAGGACCCUGAUGUUCUUGUUAAAGGUUGGCUGUAUCGUGAGAUGAGCAGUGGCUGGUGCCGGCUGAAGCGGUUCUGGUUCCGGCUGACCCAGGACUCUCUGGACUACGGCAGCGGGCCUCACUCUCAGCAGACCCUCAGCAGCCUGGUGCUCACCAGCCUGUGCUGCGUGCUCUGGCCGGACAAACACACGUACCGCAAGACAGGUUACUGGAGCCUGAGUGUGUAUGGGAGAAAGCACUGCUACAAGCUGUUCACACGCCACUUUAAUGAGGCCGUGCACUGGGCCUGUGCUAUACAGAAGGUCAUUGACAGCAAACCACCACUGGAGACGCCUACACAGACCCUCAUAAGGGACAUAGAGGAGAAUAAGUUUAACCCUGAGGUUGUGGACAACAUCUACCAGCAUAACCCCAUCCUCAGAUACAGCGAGUCCCCUCUCUACGCCCCACUGCUGCCUCUACCCUAUGGGAGUCUGGAACACAUACAUCUGCGUGGAAAAGGCUACUGGAGUGUACGUGAGGAAGCAGUGCGUCUCUUCAGUGGGCUCCAGCAGCUGGAGUCAGUGGGGGAGCCCAUCCCCCUCAUCCAGGGCCUGCUGCAGACGUGUCUGGACCUGCCGGCGCUCCGAGACGAGCUCUACGCGCAGACAAUCAAGCAGACCACCCUCGCCAUCGCACACGCCUCCGCCAACACACAGGGCAACACACUCACGCAGCCACAGAUCAGCACACACUCGCACGCUAACACGCUAGUACGCGCCAACGGGCAGGCGAGCAAAGAGCCUGCCACGCUUGUGCUCGAAAACACACACUCGCUCACACACCAGCUCCCGCAGACUAAUGGGCGGCCGCACACACCCAUUCACACACACUCACACACUCACACACUCAUGCAGUCGCACACACACACGCAGUCACAGACGCGCACGCAGGUACACGCACACCUGCGCUACUGGCAGCUUCUCACCUGUAUGAGUUGCACCUUCUUGCCCAGCAGCAGCAUCCUCAAGUACCUGCAGUUUCAUCUGAAGAGGGUACAGAAUGAGUGUGUGGACCCGGAGGUGGAGAGUUACGUCUGGUUCAUCUCUGAGGCGCUUGGGCGGACACGGGUCCGGGACUGCGUGCCCUCCUGGGGGGAGAUCCAGCAGCUGAUGCGCAGGCAGGAGCUGGUGUGUGUGGUGCACUACCCUGGACCGGCACACUGUCCACUGCGCAUCAGCUCCCACACCACUGCCAGCCAGGUCGUGAGGAGGAUGAGGGAACUGCUGGGGCUGCAGGACAGCCUCAACACCUUUGCCCUGUUCGAGCAAACUGCAUGCUGGGAGAAACAGACUGGCAGCUGGGAGAAGCUCGUUGGAGGCAGCACCAUCAUUGCUGACGUCCUUACUAAGUUCGAGAAUCUGUCUGCCAAAGGCUCAGACGGCCAGAAGAGGUUAUGCUUCAAGCUGCACUGCCUGCUGGAUACGCACAAUAUCUCAGCAGGCAGCAUGGAGCAACUCUUCCUUUACGAACAGUGCCAUGAGCAGGUGUUGCGGGGGCAGCUGCCGGUGUGUGAGGCGGACCUGGUGUGCAUGGCAGCCCUGCGUCUGCAGGCCCAGCUGGGGGACCUGAGCGCGGCGCCCCCCUGCCCUCCUCCAGAGCAGCUCUUCCCUCGCAGCCUUCUCCUCCGUCCCGCCAGUGCUGCUGCUGCUGCUGCCGCCGCCGCCGGGGCCCCCUCCCCAGACACCACCUCCCUCUCGCGGGCCCUCCUGGGGAGCCUGUGGGGCCGCAAGCAGCGCGAGCAGGAGGAGGAGUGCACCAGGAGCCGGCGGAAGGAGGAGGCCGCCGCUGUCAUGGCAGCCGUUGCCGAGCGCUGGAUGGGGCUGGCCGGGCUGAGCCGUGCCGAUUGCAUGACAGCCUACCUGUCAGUCAUGCAGCAGUGGGCGGGGUUUGGGUCAGCCCUCUAUGAGGUGGACCUCUAUGUGAGCUCGCUGGGCAGCUUCUCAGGAAGGCUGCUGCUGGGUGUCGCUGCCUCCUGCGUCUCGCUGUAUCAGCCAGGAGAGGCGGAGCCGCUGGACUCGUUCCCCAUUGGUCAGAUCUGUUCAUAUGGCAUCUCGGAUCCCCACACACUCCGCAUCAGCACUGGCGACAGAGACUUGCUGUUGCAGACCAGCCAGCUGACAGAGAUUGUGCACUUGAUGAAUGCCUACCUCUGUGCUACCCGACGUCAUCUGGGCAAGGGGGAUGUCACCGUUACCAUGGAGACCCAUCCCAAGUUGUGCAACCCGCUGCUCCAGCUGCCCUCUCACACAGUGUGAUGAGAGACGCUCACACACAAACUCACACAGGGGCUCAAAGCACUGGAGAACUGUGGAAACACACGUCUUCGUUUGAAGAACCUCAAAAACGCUACGAUUUACUGAAGAUACACUCACAUAUGACUGAGCAAUCGGUUACCUCUGAUACGAACUGGGAACACACAGAGACAGACAGACAGACAGACAGAGACAGGCACACACCGCUAGCUGCCGUUGAGCGCUGACAAACCUUUGGGAACACACAGAGACAGAUAAAGAAGACAGACCAUCGGAGCUCCACAGUCUGAGGGGGCAGUGCGCCAGCUCUCCGAUGGGCGUCUCUGGCUCUAAGCGGGAGACUUUGGAGUCCAGAUGCACUCAGCGGGAGGGAGAGGUUACGGCUCCAGAGCUGGGAACAUCCUGUCCUUCGCAGCACCAGAGAAUUCUGGGAAUAGACACUGGGGGAUUCUGGGUAUGGCCUGUCUGACCACGUGACGGCGUCUCUCUGCAAGAGGAUCUCCCCGAGGGAAAGGGUUGGGCCCUGAGCAUAAAGACUGUUGUACUUUUUCACCUUUUUUUUUAACGCUUUUUAUUAAUAUUCGCUCGGAAAGAACUAUGAAACAGCCUUAACAACUUUCCCCCACACCCCUCACUGAAUGAUGUGUGUGUGUGUGCGUGUGAGAUGUGAUCUGACGUGAUCACAACUCAGCCCUUGUUGCCCCAAGAGCAUGGCUGAGCUUGGACCAAAGCCUCCAAAAGCUUCAAAGAUUGACUAAUUCCCUCCUAACUCACACUGCAGCCCAAAUCAAGACUCCCCUGCCUAACUCUGUCUCUACACAGAGUGUUAAACUCUCCUUCAACAGUCUCUCUCACACACACACACACACACACACACACACACACACACAGCAGUCAGCUACAAUGGGAAUGAUGGUGUGCAGCUGCUGGCAGCUGAGAGCCAAGGGGGAAAACUAAACAGACUGUUUAUAGCUUCCAGCUCAGAAACGGAUUGGUUUUGCCGCACGGUACUUUUUCUUAUGUCACUCGUUUAUUGGCCACUGCACUGUUGAUUGUACAGCUGACUCAGAUGUGCAAUGAUAUAGCUAACAAACAAUAAAUACUGUAUGUACAAAUAAAAAAGAAACAUUAUACCAUUA